UCAGUUGGGUUAAAAUAUUCACAGAGAACGGAAGCUUCUACCCCCAGUCACAUUACAAAUCCUCAAAAACAGUUUAAGGCAAUUAACCGAAAUGUUCCGCUCCAAGCCCAUUCUGGCGUUUAUGCUAUUAAAUAGCAUUUUUGUGCCUGGCAGCGCGCAAAAUUUGCUGGAUCGCCUAAGGCCCGCCAAUCUGACGGGCAUCGAUGACAUCAAAGUGGUGUCCGGCACAAAGGUGAAGCGUUACGAGCGCAUGACCGUGCCGCUGGGCGGCAUUGGUCCGGUUAUUGGUGGCAUUGGCGCUGCCGCGCUGCUCAGUCCGCUAUUGCAUCCACAGCCGGUAUACCUGGGCUACGCCUAUGUACCACAGUGGCAGGCGGGCGCCAAGCUUAUGGGCGAGGGCGAGUCGGCGUCUGCCGCCGGCAUGAUCAGCUUCCAGCAGCUGCCCUACAACAGCGACAUCCGGGUGACCGUCAAUGUGACCGGACUGCCGCCCGGCAAGCAUGCACUGCACAUACACACGUACGGCGACGUGAGCGAGGGCUGCAAGUCAACUGGUGGCCAGUUUCCUAAUAAUUUCCUGGGCAACCUGGAUGUCAAGGCAGACGGCAGCAUAUCGGCCGUAUUCAUGAGCAUUUACCUGCAGCUGUUCGGCUUCAAUGGCAUCGUCGGCCGCUCCGUGGUCAUACACAGUAAGCCAAUCGAUUUGAACACGGCGCUCAAUGCGGAGGUCUUCUCCUCCGCGCUGACGGUGCCCAAUGCGUUGGCCUAUCAGAACGAAGAGAUGUCAGUGGGUCCGCCCAUUGCAUGUGGGGUCAUCAGUCUGAUGAGCACAUCCAACACAGCCUCGAGCGGAUCCCCUUCGCCCACCAGCCCGCCAGCGCCACAAGGCGAAGCCUAAAUUUUUGAACAGCUAUUAAAAUAAUUCAUCAGCAAUUUUCAUAUUAGUUCACAAAUAAAUUAAAUGUAAUUUUUAUAGUUAGUUAACUGACGACAACAAUUUCAGCUUAUUUUGUGCGAAAGAGCGGAAAAGCUCGAAAAAUACCAGCUAGUGUAUCAUAAAGAGUAUCGAACAGUCGGUUACAAGUGAGACAGGCGUUCUUAGUCUCUAGCCAAUUAAACACAAAUAAAAUGCA